AACGGGCUGGGGCAGGAAGGCCGGCCUCAGGACCAGGGGGUUAAGGCUGGGCCAGGAGAGCCACUUUGUACCUUGAUCUUCAGCGAGCAGGAGGCAGGAAGAGGCCCAGUCACGGGGCAAGGGAAGAGCAUGAAGCUGCCGCUCAGAAGUAGACCGCCGCUCUCUGUCUAGGGGACUCCUCUCAGGAGCCAGGCCGGCGUCCAUGCAGCGCUAGGCCCGGAGGACGGACCGCAGGCGGCCGCACGAGACCCGGCGCCCCGGUCCAUGCUGCCCUCGGGGGGCGCCCGGACCAGACCCUGGGCCCUGUCGACAGCAUGCCUUCCUCGAGCUCACCGCCCGAGGACAAGGCCAAGGGCAAGGCCGCCGCCCCUGAGGAGAAGGCCAAGGGGAAAGCCCUGUUGGGCCUGGGCUCCCUCAUCGGGAAUCGGAGCGAGAAAAUUGUCAUUGCCAGGAGCGACAGUGCCCCUGAGGAGAACGUCCUGAAGAUCACCAUAACAGAGACCACGGUGAUCGAGUCGGACUCGGGCAUCUGGAACUCCCACGCCCUCCUCUACCUCACCCUGUGGUUCUUCUUCAGCUUUUGCACUCUGUUCCUCAACAAGUACAUCCUGUCCCUGCUGGAGGGCGAGCCCAGCAUGCUGGGAGCCGUGCAGAUGUUCUCCACCACACUGAUUGGUUGUAUUAAGAUCUUCGUUCCUUGCUGUUUAUAUCAGCACAAAGCCCGCUUGUCUUAUCCAUCUAAUUUCAUCAUGAUAAUGAUAUUUGUGGGACUAAUGAGAUUCGCCACAGUGGUCUUGGGGCUGGUUAGCUUGAAAAACGUGGCUGUUUCAUUUGCCGAAACGGUGAAAAGCUCGGCUCCCAUCUUUACGGUUAUAAUGUCUAGGAUGAUUUUGGGAGAAUACACUGGACUGCUGGUGAAUCUGUCCCUCAUCCCUGUUAUGGGCGGGCUCGCACUAUGUACAGCUACUGAAAUCAGCUUCAAUGUCUUGGGAUUCUCUGCUGCCUUGUCUACCAACAUCAUGGACUGUUUGCAAAAUGUGUUUUCAAAAAAGCUCCUCAGUGGGGAUAAAUACCGAUUUUCUGCCCCCGAGCUUCAAUUCUACACCAGCGCCGCUGCUGUGGUCAUGCUCAUUCCGGCUUGGAUCUUUUUCAUGGAUAUGCCAGUGAUUGGAAAGAGUGGAAAAAGUUUCCAUUAUAAUCAAGAUGUCAUCUUGCUGCUCCUCAUGGAUGGCGUCUUGUUCCAUCUUCAGAGUGUCACAGCUUAUGCCUUGAUGGGAAAGAUCUCCCCUGUCACUUUCAGUGUGGCCAGCACAGUCAAGCACGCUCUGUCCGUCUGGCUGAGUAUUAUUGUGUUUGGGAACAAGAUCACCAGCCUGUCAGCCAUCGGGACGGUUCUGGUGACCGUCGGUGUGUUGCUCUACAACAAAGCCAAGCAGCACCAGCAGGAGGCGAUGCAGAGCUUCGCCAUGACUGCCAGCCCAAGCGCCCCGGAGGAUUCGGAACCGCUGAUUGCCAAGGACUCCAAGCCGUACCACUGAUCCUGGCCUGCCGCUGCCUUCUGCACCCUGUGGAAGCUGCUCCUCUGCUCACUGCUGACGUCUUGAUCGUUCCUUUAGAUGAGCAGGUGGGGACUGGGGGGCACGACAAGACAGCUGUACGGUGAAGAAGCUGCAUGUUCUGCUGCCCGAGAGCUGUUCUGGGAGACCUGAGCGUUGCCAGCAUUAGUGAAAGGCGUUUCCUUCUUUCUGUCAGGAGAACUGCAACAGGACAAGAGGGGCAGCUGCAACCUAGUACUGUCACCAGAAUAAUGUGAAAAAUAAAAAGUGACCUGCCACUGUUUUUGAACUUGUUGUCGGGGGCUGGAACGGGGUGCCCUGCAGAAAACAAGCACCGUCACUGUCAACCACGUUCCUGUGGAAUGAGCUUGGGGCAGCCCAGGACGUCUGCGGAUGAUGUUUGGAAUCUGUGAAAGUGGAGCUCAAGAUCCAGGUGCCAAGGUGAAUGUUUUCCUGCAUAUACUGCCCACAGAAAUCACUGAACUUUCCUGUUGGAAUUUGCUAGAAAACUGAGAACCCAAGAGAGGUUUGGGUUCUCUGAUUCCUACAUGCCCUUAAAUGAAAAAGAAACCAAGACAGAUGAAUCUUGUAGAUGAUCACCCCUGGGGAGAUUUCAUGACAUUUUUUUUCACAAUCUAUGAUAUAAGCCUUCAGUCCAGAAGGAUGUUACCGGGGUUGCUUAUUGGUCAGAAACAGCAAAACCGGUCUUCCUGGGGACCAGAGGUUUGCUGAAGUGAUGAUGGCUCUCUGUGGAACACAGGGCGCUGGGAGAAUGUUACCUACUUUGCCACCCUUUACCCACUGGCCCCUAAAAGAGGAAGAUGGAGGGCAAGGACAAGAGUGGGGUCCUUGCUGUCAAUACCUCCAUGCUUUGCCUUUAAAAAAAUCUCACAACAUACAUAUUAAAAAACAAGCAAACUAGUGAUAGAUCCUAGCAUGAAAUAUGUAGGGAAAAGGGGUCGUUUCAUAGGCUUGCUUUAAAUUAUGGAGUUCAAUAAAGAAAGCAGCAUCUCUCCCCUGACCCCCUCCACCCCAAGCUCUUUAGAAAACUAUGCUGUUCUCUUGUGCUGAAGGGAUUUCCCAUUCCUGCCCAGUUGGCCAGCUGAGUGCACCGUAUAUAAUGUCAGCGGCCCCCUGACUCUUGAUGGUGUGGGGGAGGGAAUGGAAUAGUAACUGUUAGUUCCUGGCUCUGGCUGAUUUAAAACAGAAUGUCUCAUAUGUUAUAAUUGUUUGGGGUUGUCUUUUAAGAAUAGGUAUACUUUUUUGGUUUUAAAUUUACUGUUAUAUAAUGCUAAUGCUGGGUAGUUUUCUUUCUUAUUUAGCAUUGACAGGGUUAGAGCUACCACUACCUCCCCUCCCCGCUUUUGCCACUCAUUAACUUUAUGAAGAUUUACAUUUUGUUCCUUUUUUUUCUUUCUAUAUUAAUUUAUGAAUAUAGAAAGAAAGCUGGUAAAAGGGGUUAGUGUUUACAUUUUUGGUUCUAAUACAGUUUAAAAUGAUACUGUGGUUAAAAAACAAAUGGAUAGACGGGCUUUUAGAGUAGAUUUCAGGGAAUAAAAAAAUUAUGCUUUGUAGGAAAAGCUAGAAUCUCAACUAAUAGCUUGUCUUCUUCCUCCCCCCCCCUUAGCUCCAAGUGGCCUAAGGAAGGACCCUAAUGUCUUUUAUGACCUUUCCUUCUGUUUAUGAGGUGCCCCCAUUUCAAAACGUCUUGUCUAAAAAGUACAGUUUGCAUUGUGACUCCAAAGUUACAGAAAUUGGUUCAGUAUUCCAGCUUCUCCCCUACUGAUGCCCUUCCCAGUGUCUGUUGACCUCUCUGGAGCGAUUUGUAAGUUGAAUUGUCAUAUUAGAUGGAGUUACUUUAGAAUGGAGCGAUCUGGACACAACUGACCUGUUUUCUACAGGCUGACCUCUGAGCUUUGAGGGCCUUUGAAGGGGGAAGUGGAAAAGGCAGAAAUUUCAGUGAUUGUGUAUUAUUGUAGUGCUUUCUAAAAAAUAUUCUUCAGAUUGAAGUUUUGGGUCUCAGUGAUGGUCUACACUGGCUUUCUAUCUCCAUUUUUAACCUGGGGAAGGAAAGGGGAAAGGGAUUUUCCUAUAAUGGGAGUUAGUCAGUUUUUCAUUCUGUAGCCCAAUGAUUCUCAGAAUCAGCUGAUUGACAAUGGGAUUUUUUUUUUUUUCUGGGACUAAUCACAGAGAAGAGGGCCACUUGGGAUCCUUUAUGUUAUACUGUUCCCUUCCCCCAUCUCAUUUCCUCUCCCUCCUGCCCAGCUUAGCGUCCCAUAAUUAUCUCAUUAUCUUUCUGCUUGGUUUCUCACCUGGAAAAAUGUAAAAUGCUUUGAAUAACUACUCUUGUAGAUCAAAUCUUUCUGAAACAAAAGAGCAAUAAUUAAGUCUCAUUAAGUUUUGCCUGUUUGAAAUGGCUUUCCUCUGAGCAGGAGAGCAAACAGCAGGCCUUUUAGCUUGCAGAGACCUCUUCAGUUAAACUCAUGUAUGCAGUGGACCUUCCAGAUUUGUUUACUCAGACUCAGAAGAAUUUUGUCUCUGGUGACAUUCCCUUGAAACCAGUUUUCCUUUUUCUCUGAAAAGAGAGGGUGAAAUUAAAGAAAAUUUACUUCCUAUUGCUGUGUUGGGGGUGUGGAGGGAUUCUGCUGCUCUGUGAAGACAAAUUUGAGAUGAUGUCACCAAGUCACUGAAUAGAUGACACGUGAUAAGAGACGACACGGAUCUCCGGGUCCUCUUCACUCAAACCACCUUCCCUUUCUCUGCCUCUUGAAAAUAACACUCAGCUGGAAAGGGCUUAAAACUUUGAUGGCUGAUUGCCGAGUUGCCAAGAGUUGACAUUUGCAAGAUUUGCCACUGAUCGAGAAUGACAGAUCCCCUGGAAUCUGCUCUGUGAGUCUUGAAUAAGCUUCCCAAGACCUGUGUUUCCUCAGAGAGCUAAUGAGCCAGCGGCUUCUGAAACAGCCUAUAAUCUAGAGUUAAGAAAACAAAAAAAAACGCACAACUCUCUUGUAGUAUCCAGACCUUCUUGACUUGAGAAACUUGCCCUCCUCCCACCCCAAAAACCAAUCCAACAACUCAAAACACGGAUUGAUAAAUAUGAAUUCAUUGUUCAAUCAAUAGAUGAGGCAACAACAUAUCACACAAUUGUUUCUGAAAAUCUUUAGUGAUAUGGAAGACUUCAUAUUUCCUACAUCCAUCCACCAGACUUGGGACCUCAUUUUGGAUUGAUCCGCCCUCAUUCUCCGUUGAGUGACCCAAAUGCCAUUGGUAGAUGUUUUGGAGUCCCUUUACAUGCAGGGAAUAUAAAUGUACAGAGAUGGUCUAUUUUUGUUACUUUGGCUAAGGCAUUUUAGUAAUGAUAGCCCAUUCUACUUGAGCAGUCAUCAGUGUGUCCAUGGGAACAAAUACAUGUUUUGUUAGCAUUUCACACUGUUAACUUGGCACUGGUGUUCUACCUAGAUUUUAUGUUUGUUAUCUGUGUCAUUUGUGAAAGAAAAAAAAAAACACUUAAAUCCAUUCCUUUGGAUUUGGUCCAUUUCCUUGAUUUGGGAUAGAGAUGUAGUGUGGCAGGAGUGGGGGUUGGGUCCUGGCCCCAAGGACAUGUAGAAAGGCCCACCUUUAAGCCAUGCUUCUGAGCAAGCCAUUGAUCUGUCAUGAUCCCAGGCAGCUCUCCAAGAUCCCUAAGUUACAGGGGCUGAUCUACAUAGUUGGAAGGUUCCAAAUUUGUGUGGGGCAGUGGAAGCGCAAAGAUAGGGAAUAUGGCUGGCUUCUGGCCAGUCAUUGGCAUGUAUUGUUUCCAGUUCAAUCUUAUAAGCAUUUAUUAGCCACCUACUAAACUUAAGACACUAGGGAUAUAGCCUACAGAGCAGAAGAAAGGCAAUGUGCCCUAGUGGACAGAGGGCCAUUAUUGGAAUCAGGAAAACCUAGGUUUAAAUCCUGCCUCUUGACACUGGCUACAUAAACCCUAAACUACUUGGUGCUUACAGGCAACUCAGAGAGUACAAGUUACAAAUGAGUAGCCUAUCUGCAGUGGUAAAAGGACCACCCACCAAGAGUUGGUGUGGAAUAGCAAUUAAUAAAAUUUAAUCUGCUUUAUACUUUUAAUUUAGCAAUAGCAAAUUAAUAAAGUUUAAUCUCUGUGCCCCUCCCACCCCUAAUUAUAAAACAAGCAAGCAGAAAAGCUUAAUGGAUAUAGAUAAUGGAAAAAAAAAUUUUCAGCGUCUAUGAAGAUAUUUCCAUUCUUUUGUUAAAUUCCAAUGGAUAUAUCUGUAGUUGCCUUUUUUAAAUCAGUAAUUUUAAGCACAUAAAUAAAAGCCAUUGCCGAGCAUAAGGAUUAUGUCAGUAAUCUCCAGUUGCAUACUAAGUCUACAAUCCAGGGCAUCCGGUCUCUGUGGCUCUAGAAUGGUUAAAGUAGAAGAGAGAUAAGGCCUUAGUUUUCUGUCUUAUUAUUUGAUUGCUGUUGAACUGUUGGGAGAUGUGCAGGAGACUGUCCUUGACGAGGACGGUGGCUUGUCUGGUGGAUCCAACAGGCUGAUGCAUACUUAGGAUUUUGAAUAUAGCUUUUUGAAAUGCAGUGGUUGCACCCAGAUUACCAAUCAUCCCCUCUUUUCAGCGGGGACAUACUGAGGGGGAGUCGACACGGUGGCAGCCGCGCUGUGUAGUCGUUUCUUCUUACAGCAGCCGGUAAAAUUGCUCCAUUGCUGAACCUCCCUGAACAGAUUUGGAAUACGUGAAUGAGACAUCAGUUUGGAGUUUUUCUAGUUUUGAAUCGAAAGCCCUGAUGGCCAUGGUCAACAGCAGUCGCUGUGGUAUCAUUCUUUCGUUCUUUUAUGGGAGAUGAUUUAUCAUCAUCAGUUGAUUCUUCAUCAUGCCUUCUUUUCAAUCGAAAUUCUUGGAAUUUUAAUUCCUCUGUUAUUGAUCCUUCCCGCACUGUUUCCUCCUCGGGGACAGCAAGAGACAUAACUCUCGGUGUUCUUCCUUCUUGGAACUCCUCCAGAGAUGUUGGAGGGAAUUUCUGUAUUCCAGAUCUUUGGCUUGUGAAAUGGGAGAAAGACCCAUUGGUCGAGGUCUCAUGCUCCAUGAUAAGCUACUGGACGAGCUUGGUGAGAGCUCUGACAUCCUGGUGAGACUUAAUUAGUUCUCUGUGAUCUUCUCAGUGUGGAUAUUCACUGCAGUCAUUAUCCACACACAGCUCGCUCAUACUCUUCAGUGUCGGUGAGCUCACAGAAAGUUGAAGGGGGGAGCAAGCCAGUGUGCCAGAGACCUUCCUCAAAUUUGACUGAUGAUGUGACAGUAUCCUUCCCUCUCAUAACACUGGCUCAUCUCUUUCCUUUUUUUCCCCCUCAAGCAUCUUCAGUUGGCAUAGAAAGCUUUUAUUUAAAAACCCAGUGAUCAUUUUAUUCCUAUGAGCUGUAGUUCCACAUGUCUAGAGUGUUGGGGACCCUCUCAUACAGGUAUCUUUUUGAUUUUAAAGACAAUACAACAUGGCAGUCAGAACUGUGUAAAGACCAUGUCAAAGAAAGUUGUCUCUUACACCCCUUCUGUUCCCAAUGUCCAUUAAUUUUCAAAGAUAUUUCCAAACCAUUGGGUUCUCUAUUCUAUGCUCAUAAUUUGAUAUGAAUUGUCCCACAGAAAAAUGUUGGAUCAUUUGUAGUGUUAAAGCAAGUACCAUAUGGCUUUUGCAUUUGGCAAGUGAUGCUAUGAUUUGAAGCCAGAAAGUAGUUCCUUUGCUUCCUCAGGUAGAAAAGGGAAAUAAAGGUAGGACUAUGGACCAGGGAUCAUUUCUUUCUUGCUUUAAGCCAACCCAGAAUUAAGGGGUUGAUGUUUUUGGAGCUGAUCUGCCCAUUUCCAGGUUUGGGGUGCUUCCUUCUCUUAUUGGAUAAAGUUAGUCGAGCCUCUGAACUGUUUUUCUCUUUGCCAGCCAAGGCCCCAUGCACCUUGGUACCAGAUGCUCUGGCUCCAGUUUGGCUUUACAAGCUGCCUUAGGAGCACUGGUCUCCCCUUUCUCCCUUCCCCCUUUUUAUAAUUUAGAAUGGUGAGAUGUUACCUUAGAGAUGGGACUUUGGUGCUUUGCCCAGAUACCUAAAUUUCAUCUGGGGAAAAAAACAAAACAAAACAAAACUCUGCAACCUCUGCUCUGUCUUCUAGAACAUUUUUUUUUUCUAUUUUCAUUUGGGGCACCAUAGCCCAGCUUUGAUCUGUUACUCUCAACCCUCUUAAAUAAAUGUUGGUAAGAUGUGCCACCAUUUAGUCAUGAGAUGAAAGGUUCAAUAAAAAAGCUCUUUGCUGGGGAGGGCACAGGGCCUGGCCCUAGGAUCAUAGGGACUAAGUUAGUGAUGAGCAAGUGCUGGAGAGGAAGUGAGCCAGUUUGUGGGUUUGACCAUGGAUGUUUAUAUCCCACUCUUAAUCACCAGUUACCAUCCUGAUGAUGUGCCGAGGGCUCUCAAGUUCCCCAAACACCCAUAAACUAGGGUCGCUUGACUCAGGACCCACAAACAGCUUACUUACUCAGUAAGCAUUCUUAGCGGAAAUGGAGGCUAGCCAAAAAACCACUUGUUUGGUUGGUUCAUUUGAUCUUUCAGCAGCCUACAUAUAUUCUGUUCUACCUUUGCUAAACCGAAACUUUUUCCUUGGACCUUUGAAUAUUCCUUUUUUUUUUUUUUUUUUUUUCCUCAAGGCAGUUAAGGUUAAGUGAUUUGCUCAGAAUCACACAGCUAGAAGGUGUUUGAGGUCACAUUUGAACGCGGGUUCUUCUGACUUCAGGGCCAGUGCUCUAUCCACUGCACCUGUCCCUUGGCAGCUUGUGAGUCUUAACCAAAUUAAAAGCUGUGCAUUUGAGGGAGGAUCCUAAGUGCUGUAUCCUUGGCUCUUUACAAAUUGUUUCCUCUGAGAGUCAAACCAUGUGUAGUAUUCUGUCUCUUGGAUUAAUAAGGACUAGAAUGUAGGAAGGUAUGCUGGAGGGAAGGAAAGAGAACACUUAAAUUUGCCUUAAGCAACUGUGGUUGCAGAGAGAUUCUAAAACUUCCUUGAAACAAAGGAAACCCCCUCACCCCCCAAUCCGAAUUGAGUCCACAACACCACCAAGUGGAAGAAUCAAUCCUUUCUGGCCGUCCAAAUGCCAACAAGGGAGUUCCAAGUUCCAGACUUGCCACACCAUGGUUAUCUAAGUAUCUCUGUACAAAUGGGAAUUAUUUUUUAAAUAAAAUAGUGAGUUUUCCAUUUUGAGAAACUUGAAAAUAGCAACAGUAACUGCUUCUUCUACACUCGAGCCAAACUGUAUUUAUUAAGCCAAACCCACAACACAUAGAACAAAAACCAUACCAUACAAGAUGUUUAUAGGUAUUUUGUACAUUGCCUCUGGCAGUAUUCCUGUAACUUAAGUUUGUUGCUUUCUCUUAAGAUGUUCUUCAUGUGUGAUUUGGUUUGUCACUAUUUUAAUUCUUUUGUGUGGUAAUAGGUUGAUAACUGAUAAAUCCUGUGGAUGCCUCUUGGCUGUUCUUUUGUUAUGAGUAAAACAGACGGGUUAGUUUCUUUUCAUGAGCAUUGUUCUGGAAAAGUCAAAAUAAAAUCGAUAUUUGUGCUUCUA